CCCAAUGCGUGUUUCCCUGUCAGGUGUUUUCCAUGUAAUACCGAAUGCCAAGCUAAUUGGACGACGAGCUACCAAGUACAAGACCAUUGGCUGUUUCCGGCUGUCUCGUCUAUAUCUCCCAGAAAUGUCAGACGACGUGGCCGAUGGAGAUAUGACGACUGUGUGAUCAAAGCGGUUGCCAUCAUUCGGAGCAUUUGACAUGUUAUUGCGCUACAGUGAAAUUCGAUAGAAUAAUCUCAGUGGCGACGGUGAAGCAGUUACUUAUUGGUAACGUUUAACGUCGUCACUUCUUGUUUGUCACGAUCGUCUUGUUUGUUCUCGCGUAAAGUUACAACAUGGGUCUUUGCAAGUGUCCGAAGAGAAGAGUAACGAAUCAAUUUUGUUUUGAACAUCGCGUCAACGUAUGUGAACAUUGUAUGGUCACGAGCCAUCCAAAGUGCAUAGUACAGUCAUAUCUGUUAUGGCUUCAUGACAAUGAUUAUAAUCCAGUCUGUACACUAUGCUCUGGUCAGUUGAGCGACGGAGACUGUGUAAGAUUGACAUGUUAUCACAUGUAUCAUUGGGCAUGUUUGGAUCAAUACGCUAGAGACUUGCCAGCAACAACAGCACCAGCUGGAUAUAUCUGUCCUGUAUGUAGAGUAUGCAUCUUCCCACAACCCAAAUUGGUAUCACCUGUCGCUGAUGUAUUGAGGGAAAAAUUGGCCACAGUCAAUUGGGCCCGUGCUGGUCUUGGCUUGCCAUUGCUAGGUGAUGACAGAGAACAAAAGCCAGAGAAGGAACAUCCCACAAUUGCAGUUGAAAAUUUCUUAUAUCAAAAUCAUACAGCAACUACUUCGUCGUCGCCUAUGGUGGCUAUGUCUCGCACAAGCAGCAUCAUCAACCCGAGCACCGCCGUCAGCAACGUGCAUACUGCAAAUAAUCAGAAACUAGGACCACCUUACUCUGUCGUGAAUAUUGACUCGUCCUUAGGUUUAUCUACUCAGGCGUCCAGAAGAGUCUGCGAGGCCUACGAUGAUCCAAAGGAUGUGUCUUUUGACCAUGACGAGAAUAAAUAUCAGCGGAAGUCCGCGAUAGAAUGGAUUCUUAGAUGGUGGAAGCUGAUACCGACUAAAGCGCCGGUAAGACGGCGGAUCGCGAGUUCUUUAUACAAGAGAUACAUCGUGAUGGUCAUUGUCGUGAUAUUUUUCUUGGUCGGGCUCAUACUGCUCUGUUCGUGGUUAGGUAAAAUGGCGACAGACGGUGAUCCGAGCUUUGAUGUAUUGGCAAAUUCCAACUUGAAGUUUGGCGAGAAGUCUAUGAUUUAAUGUAUCGUGCAUUAUUAUGAGUGAUAACGCACGUGCAAUUGUCGGCACAUCGCAACAGGACGAACAAAAUGCUGGGUUAAAAUGCAAAGUGUGGGAAAUUUUUGCAUGGUGUAGAUGCAUAAUAUGUUAUGGUAAUCUGAGAAAAGAAAGAAAAGAAUGCGAAUUGUUGCGAAUGAAACAGUGACCAGAACAUAUCUAGUGCUGUGUACGUAACAUUUGUUAAUUUUUCUGUAAAUGUCUGUAUGUGUGUCUGUAAUGUAUGUAUGUAUGAAUGAAUGUGCGUGUGUAUGUGUAUGUGUGAUAUGUAUACAUGCAUCUUACAUUGAGAUUGUAUACUUGAAUCUGUAAAGACUUAGCUAGGAAUUUAUAAACUGUAAGAAAAAGAAAGCUAUCGCACAUACGUCGCGACGGUUGCUUUUCUCAUAAACACGUUUGUUGCGCGGGAAAUUUUGUACGUGUACCACACCAGACGUCAUUUAUCAUAAUUCAUUAUCUUGCGAUGUAGUGAAUCAUGUCGACUAUUAUUUGAAAUGUGCAUCAUACUUAUAUAUAUAUUUUACAAUUAGUCAAACAUUUUAUAUAACCGCUAUUUUCGUCAUUCUUCGAAAACAUUCGACUUGAUACAACAAAAAGAUCGACUUUCUAGAUUAUGUUGGAUUAUACAUUUUAAUGCUGAAAAUGUUUUUCUUUUAAAACUAACAAAUUCCGAAAGUGACGAAGCGUGAUACCUCCCGAGCGUGUAACGUGAGCGUGUAAAAGAAAAAAAGAGCAGUAUUCUACAUAUUGGUAAUUCCCGUUCUUUUCGACGGGGGAUGCAUUGAAAUUGAAAUGAAGACUCAAUCGAUGGAAUUAUUCUAUAAAUAGUGGUGGCUAUGAAAUAUUCAAAGCUUCAGCGGCGACAAUCGGUCGCGGCAGGACGACGUAUCGCACUCUCAUGUUCCGUUUUAUGGGCUCUUGGUUGGGACAACAGUGAUGAG